AUGCGCAGUGCAGCGCCGCAGGCCAGUGGCCCUGCGAGCACACCCGUCGAGAUGCAAGCUGCUGGCGGCCCUGGCGCUGGUUCGACGAUGACUGGACGCUCAUCGGCCAUCGUACAGAUGGCAGAUGGGGUCCUCGUGCGCAUGGCUGCCCAGCCGGUAAUGUAUCGAUACCUCACGGCCUGGUGCUUCGCUGCAUCGAUGCUAGAGCGUAGCAGGCUGGCCGAGCCGUUGUCCGCAUGGCAACGCAACGUCUCGUCGACUGAAGGCGGCUUGUCCCUUUUCUUCCCUGACUUUGGGUUCGUCCCGCUUCCGUCACGACGGUCCUAA